CCUUUUGAGCAUCCUGACCAUUAUUCCAGAACAAAGUCCAUAGCAGAGCAAACUGUUUUGAAUGCUAAUGGUGUACCAUUAAAAGGUGAGAUUUUUAUAUCAACAUUGCUUUAUUGAGAAAAAAAUUCUUCAAUUUCUAAUAAAUAUUUUCCUGGGCUUAAUCAGAGGUAAAAUACAGAGCAGCUUAGUUUUUUUAUGUGAUACAGAUGUCGAGGUACAUUGUCAACAUAAUUUAAUUGCCAUGAGGUGUAAAAUAAUACCCAAGAUUCAGAAGUGAUCGUCCAUUCUGAGAGCAUUGUUAUUACAGUUUUAGGUGCUUUUGGGAAAAAAAUGUGCGGAAUUGUGUCUGCAUUAUGAGAACUGUUAUUAAGUACCUAAUACCUUUGUUAAUUCAAAUAUUGUAUGGGAAUGAAAUGAUGAGGCAUCAUAUGAAUUAAUAUUUGUAAAUCAUGUACUUCAGGUGAAAAUAAAGGUUUCAAAAAAUUAAUAAACUAAUCCUUAUACAUAAUGUAGAACAGAUAGGUUAAAGUUUAUCUUCAGUCUGUCAUGUAACUGUUCCUUCAGGUUUAUUUUUUAUGUUAAAAACCUUACUUAUUUACAUUGUAAUUUCAUACUCAGAACUACACUGGAAUGUUCAGUUUUUAUGUAAUGUUGCUGGUUUACUUUCCUUUAUUUUAUUUUUUCUUUUUUCAUUCUUCACUUUUUUUUUUUUCUUAUGUAUGUAUGUGGUUUGAUUUAUUGUAUGUAUGCUGUAACUUUUUACUGAUGUCAAUAGUUGUUGUAGUCUUGUAUGUAAUGGGUUGUAUUGUGAAAUAAAGCUGUAAUUUAAAAGAAAAUGAAGGCAAUAAGGAUUUUCUUAAUAGCCUUUUAACUCCCAGAAGUGAUCAAAAUGUAACAUCUCUCUAUAAUAUCCAUACAUUAUUCAGCAAACAGGUAAUGAAAAUAUUCAAACUUAUCAGGUAGGUCCUAUCUUGAUCUAAAACCAAAUUCUUGUUACCUGUUUACAAGGAAAUGUGUAGCAGCUAGAGGGGAGAAUUCACAAUCUGAUCUUGAGAGUUGAAGGGUAAAGAUAAGUUUAGGCUGCGGUGCCCCAGGUUUUUUGUUUUUGUCUUGUUUGUUUGUUUUGUUUGUUUUUUUUAACUGGAUUGAUUGAAAAAUAUACCAUCAUUUCAAAAACAUCCAUCACUUUUAGUUCAUAAAAUAAAUUUGACUAACACAUUUCCUCUUAUUAAACUGAAGGAAACAUGAUUGUUACUCUUUUACAACAAAAAAAAUUGGCUUGUUGUCCAGCAAAUACCAAAAUUUAUCUAAAAAAUAGUGAACCCACUUGCAAUUCAUUUCAUUGCCUGGAAAUCAUCCACAGAUGGGAAAAUUCUCAAGACCUGUGCUUUAAGACCAGCUGGUAUCUACGGAGAAGGAGAAUUGAGACAUUUACCCAGAAUUGUGGUAAGCUUAAUGUAAAAUUCUAUUUUGAUUUAUCUUGGCGCUAGAAUAUUACUACUGAUACAUUUUUGAAAAAUAAAGCUUAAGUGGCCCAUAGUGCUGGAGAUUUUCUAAGUAUGUGUAAAUUAGAUGAACUGAAAUGAACUGCCACUCUUUGCAAAUGUAUGUAGAACAGUAUGGAGAAUAUGCAUACUGAUGUUAGGGUGUAAAGGGUUAAGCAGUGUGAGCCCAUUUUCUUCUGGCCUUACAGUUGUGUUUUUCUCUUUUGCUUGUCUAAUCAGGUUAAAGUUUGGAAUUCAGAUUUAAGAUUUGGUAAAAUUUCCUUUUCCUCUCUUUCAUUUUCUUUUAUCUUCUCUCCCUUGUCUUAGUCAAACAAAUCAAAGAAAAAAUGAAGGAAAAGAAAUUAAAAUUUGGAAAGAUGUCCUAACUCUAAAGAAAUAAUUUAUGCCUCAGGUCCUAAACUGUCUCUUGGAAUCAUUGCUAUUUGGCAUUUUCUGACUGAAAUUUUUUUUUUACAAUUUUUUUUAAUAGGUUGAAGGUUUGGGAUACAAAUUUCCCAAAUUAAAGUUGCUAAUAACUCUUGUAUAUAUGGUUGGUAAGUUAAAUUUAUUUAUUUUCAUUUUUGGACCUCUCAGUUAUUAAUGUCUAGAUUCAUAUUAAGAUAAAUACUCACAUUUUUUUGUUUUCUGAUCUUUCUUCUAUCCUUUCUUUUGUUGUUCUGUGCAUUAAUCUGUCCAUUUUUAAAAGCUUAUUUAAUUAAUUUAUAUGAAUUUAUUAAUUCAUUCAUUUAGAUGAUGUGUCAAGUUAGGAUAAUUUUUUGAUGUGUAUGACUUACAGUUAUUUUCAGUUUUUCUUAAGUCCCUGGUAGUUUUUAUUUAUAUUAUUUGGUAAUAGGGUAUAUCGUCAUCUGAUUAUUUCUAUUAUCCUGUUUGUGAAUGACAAAGUGAGGUUCUAGCAGGCAGUUUUUCUUGUUUUAGCACUGAGUCAGGGAAUGUGAUUGCCUGCAGACCAAAUUGGAUUUUACAUGAACCUAUUUCCAUUAUAACCCAGUUAGCUCUGCAAAACUAGCUCAUUGGUCACUACUUUUAUCUACUGAGAUUAAUUAAAGAUUAUAAAAUGAUUGGAUUAUGAUUGGUCAGUUAUAUAAUGAGUAAAACAGAGAACACAAACUCCAUUAAAUAAUGUUAUUUUUACAAGAGAGAUUUUUUGUUUGCAGCAUCUUUAACAGAACUGGUUCGCUCAGUGAUUUGAAAAUAUAUUUAUAAUUUUUAGCCAUUCCUCAUGAAAACAGAGGCACUAUUCACCAACAAACUUACAAAACCAUACACGAAAAUAAGUAGCAAUGACUCUAUGCCAUCUUAACAGUCAAAUGGGAAAUUGUGUAAAAGUGACAGAGGUGUUUAAGGACUAAUAAGUCCUGAAAAUAUCAAAGCAUUAUUCAGCAAAGAUAUGAUGAGGUUACACAAACACAUCAGCUUAUCAAGUUGUUAUCUAGACUUAACACCAAAUUCUUAAUCUCUUUCCAAGAAAACAUAGGGAAGGUAGAAUGUAGGAGAACUCUGAGUCAGAUCUGGGAAGGUUAAGGAUGAAGUGACACCAAAACAUGAGUAGUGACUUUCUGUGACUUUUUAGCUCUUUAACCCGUCAACAUAUGAAUUCACCUUGCUAGUUUACAUACAUUUCCUUUUUCAAAUUAUGUGAUCCGUUCAAUUUCUGUUUUAUGAUCAGUUCUUUGAUUCUCCUGAGUAUUGCUGAUGACAGUGUGCUGAUGAUGUGGGAAGAAAUGAAAUGCUGAUCACUUCAAAGGAUUAAACAUGUAUAUCAGUUUGAACUUCAUUUGCAAUAAUGAAAUGAGGCCUUUCACUUUAAUAUCUUUGCACUUCAACCACCUGGAGAUGAAGACCAUGAAUUCCUUCGAAUCAGCCUUUGAGCCCUUUUCAUCAGAAUAUUGUUGGGGAAAUUGUCUUGAUCAGUGUCAUGCUGGAAGUGCAAAAGCUGCAAUUGGUAAGUUCAUACAAUCACAUCGUAACCAAGACAAAAUACCAUGAUGAUUAAGUGAUUGUAAUGGAGAAAAAUAUGAACUAGGGGAUUAUGAGUUGAUCCAGUUUUAAAUUCUCUGAACCAACAUCAUGAGACAGCAGACAGUAAGGAAAAUUAUUCGUGAGAUCUGGCAGUCAGAGAGGGUUCAGCAGGGCUAGGAUUUCAGAUGUUUUCUCAUACCCUUCAAUCUCUGAUAAUCUGUUUCCUAUCUCUUUAUCAGAGGGUAUGUCAAGACAUCUUGCUGUUGAAUGGGGCCCAGAUGGCAUUAGGGUAGACUAUGUUGCACCUGGUGCUGUGAAAGACACAGAGGGUUUUUGUAGACAAGGUAAAGAAUUACAGGGAAAGAGAAUCUGUACAUUUUACCUGCACCUAAUGCAAUUUUCAUAUCAUAUAAUUUUCAUAGGCUUAGAACAGGAGAGAGCCCUUGGCUGCAAAUGUGUUGAUUGCUAUGGUGACCAGAAACAAUUUUGGCAUCCAAAGUUUCAGAAAAAGCAUUCUGUAUUUGGCAGACAUGUGGAAAGCUUUUAAAUUCACAUUGUUAUUAGUAAGUUUUUAGAGUCUAAAGUUAGGCUAAGAUAAACAUUUGGUUACUUAAAAUGAAAUUAAUUGUGGAUAUGUACAAUUACAACAAGAAUACUUUUCCUGGCUGAAAGCUAGUCUAAAAAUCUUUCAUAAUCAAAUUUUAACAUUAAAUUUACCUUAAUCCCUGUUCCACUUACAAGUUAGUGCAGUUCACAAUUUUCUUUUACUUUAAGUCUAAAGGAAGCUUUAACUGUACUACAUCUUCACAGGUGGCAAACAUCUUCCACCAAACUUCAUUGAGAAUGUACCUUUACAAAGACUGGUUUCUUGCCAAGAUGUGGCAGAUAAAGUGUAUUCUUUCUGGCUAGCAGUGCUUCAGCUUUUAUCACUGCAAACACACUGGUGGUAGUCGGUGGUAGUUGGAUCACAAAUUAUGUUUCCAUGGCAACAGUGAACAAGGCAACUAGCAAGCUGUGAUCCACGAGACUCAGGUGUCCAAUUAGUAUCUGAUGGCCUCUUGUGUAAAUCCCGAUUAAGCGUGAAUUUUUUUAGGCUCAUUUUUUCUGUAGUUUCUUUAAUUAUUUAAGUUAAUCUUAAUCCUUUGCACCCUAAUAUCAUUUCCUUUAUUCUCAUGAUUGUAAUGAAUGAUUAAGCAGUAUUCCUGUAACGUAGGAGAAAUUAGAUGCUGGUCACUCCAAAGGGUUUUAAGGGUUAAAAUAACAUUUUGUCACUUGUGUAAUAUCUGCAGGUCAAAAUAUGAUGAAGUAUCAUUUGGAAAUGUGGAGCUUGAAUGACACAGUGAUGAGAGCACCAGUUGUUGCCAAUAGGCCAUAGCAGAUUCAUAAAAAGAUUCACAGGAGUAAAACUUUUUAAUAUGUUCAAUCAAGUUAUUUACAAUUUUUUUCUGGAUAUUUUUAUUUAGCAUGAAAGUUCCAUCAUCUUGAAGCUGCUUAAUAAUACUAAAAUUUCCCUUACAUGAUGAUAUACCUGCAAAUUGCUUAAUUUUUUUUUUUUUUGUUAGUCAAAAGUACAAGAUAAUUGAUUUUGUUGGGCACCCUUAAUUUCAUAUCAUAACAGCCUGAAGACUUGCAUCAACCCUAAGAAAAUCUCAAGAUGUCCUCUUUACUGCCUUCUCAUCUUAGAUUGGAAGUAUUCACAGAAAGCAUGGUCAUUUGAUGAUAAGUUUCUCUUCACAGAAUCAUUCAAGUUUUUGUAACUUCAUGUCUUCUUAGAAAAUGUGUCAGUCAAAUUUGUGAAAUAGCAUUGAGUCUAUUAGCCAAGAUAAAAAACUGUGUGAUAGUAGGUAGGUGUAUUGGAACAGAUUCGUGAUUGAUGUCUGCUCAUGGCUGGCAAAUUUUGUCAUGUGGAUAUAGUAUAAAUUGAUUUAAAUUGAAUAAAAUUGAUUUUUGAAAAUAAGCAGCAGAUGAUUGCAUUGAUUGACUGAUCUUAAUAGACCCUUUCUUUGACCUGAUGUUAAUACCUAUUAAGCCAGAAAA